UGAAGAUACAAAAACAAUCGAAAAAACGAUGCAACCAGUUCUUACAACACAAGCACAACACAUAAGUACACCAAAUGAAUCAGUACGUCGACAUGUUCGAAUUUUAGCAGAAGAAGAAAGAAUUGAUGCGGAUAAAUGGUUAUCUAUAUUGAAUCAAGUUUAUGAUGAUUUAAAUUAUUCACCAUCACAGCGUAUAGACUAUACAAUUAAAUUUUUAAAUGAAGAACAAAAAACAUGGUAUGAACAAAAUAAAGAUGAAGUUAAGGACGAUUGGACAUUAUUUCGUGAACGAUUAAAACAAAAUUCAUCUAACUAUAAAUUAACUCGAACAACUGCUCCGCCAAUUAAUAUUUCAACAUUAAACAAUACCGAAGUGGUCGUACUAGAAGAUCUCAUCGAUGCAAAAUUUGACAAAUAUGCAGGUGUUGGUGAUGCAAAAAAUUGGUUAUUGCAAACCAUGAAUCAAUUUAAAGCAUGUGGUUUACGACGUGAUGAUCAAAUUGAAGCUAUACCUUUACUAUUAGAGGACGAUGCUUAUUUAUGGUAUGCUGACAACAGCGAUGCAAUUUUCAACUUCGAAACAUUC